UCUGCGCAUGCGUGCGGGCGCUAGCGACGACGGCGGCGGGGGAGUCUCGGGGAUGACAGUGGCUUUGCCCGUUGGGGUAACGGUCGUCUUCGCCGGCAGGGCCUGAGGCGCCGCACAGCCCGCGGGAUUCAUUAAGGCCGCAGCAGCCCGGGCCCUACUGAGUUAGAGUGGCGCGUGGAGUCAGGGUGAGGGCGGCGAGGCACGGGGGGAGGGGCCUGUGGCGGGGCCUUGCUGUGUGCUCUGGGCGGCGGCGGGGCCUGGCGGUGUGAGCACUCGCCUUAGUUGCAGCCGGGCGGGAGCCGUGGGCGGCGGCGGCUGUCGUGCUUGGCGGCGGAGGUCUCCGUGUGUGCGGCGCGGAGAAGAUGGCCGGGCAGUGAGGGGGCGGCGCUUGCGCCUGGUGACCUCGGAGUGAGCGACUGAGGAGCGAGGGGCGCCGCCGCGGCCCGGCCGGGCCUGCUCCCCGCCCCCUCCCGCUGCCGCCGCCGUCGCGGCUGCCGGCCCCUCCGGCCCGCGCACUUCCUCCUCGGCCCUCCCCUAGCGGGUGGGGGACUCUCCUGCCUGCUUCGCCACCUCAGGGAACCGCAGGGCUGUAACCGCCGGGGCGGAGAGCCAGGCGCAGUCCGGCCCCGCGUCCGAUAUGGAGAGAGCGGCGGCGGCCUCCGCCAGCCGCAACUGCAGCGUUCGCCGCCGCCGCGGCUUGGUGCACUAGAUUGAGGAAGCCGACGCCCGAACCGUCCUCUUUGCGGUUGCCCCUACCUCUGCGCCGUGCGCUGUGAUGGAGUAAGGACCCUGCAGCGCGUGAGAAGCCUGCCUGCCCUUCGGACCGGGGCAGGGCCUGCUCCCGAGCCCGCUCAGCUCGCCCCGAGGAGGUGCCUCCGCAUCCGGAGAUGCAGCGAAGGCCGCCCGCCGAGCCGCGGGGCUAAACUGAGCGCCGAGUCCCGGCCCGAGUGCCGAAGCCGCCGCAUUCUUCGCCCCGAGGCUGACUGGGACAAACUCGAACGCUGGUUUCUCUUUCUUUCUCUCUCUUCCUCUCUCUCUUUUUUUUUUUAUUUUCUCGUCUGCAAGUCUCAGGGACGGAGGAGGGGCGCCAAGGCCCCAUGUGCGGGAGAAUUGCUUCAGCUCCACAAACUUGCGCGGAUUUUGGUUGCUACUUUGGCCAGUGGUUCUCUGAUUUCCUACGAAUUGUUGCAAAUUCGCCAUUGUUCCCUGGCUGCUUACAAAGUUGGAUCCGGAAUUUCUUUUCAACCGGGAGCCAACGGUGUCGAAGUGUCUGCAAUGAACCCCGUGAAUGCUACUGCUCUCUACAUUUCCGCGAGCCGCCUAGUGCUCAACUACGACCCCGGAGACCCCAAGGCGUUUACAGAGAUUAACAGGCUCUUGCCUUACUUCCGACAGUCCCUCUCUUGCUGUGUUUGCGGACAUUUGCUACAAGAUCCUAUUGCACCCACCAACUCCACCUGCCAACAUUAUGUCUGCAAACCUUGUAAAGGCAAGAAAAUGAUGAUGAAACCUUCAUGUAGCUGGUGCAAAGACUAUGAGCAAUUUGAGGAAAACAAGCAGUUAAGCAUCCUAGUGAACUGCUACAAAAAACUAUGCGAAUAUAUAACACAGACUACAUUGGCACGGGAUAUAAUAGAAGCAGUCGACUGUUCUUCUGAUAUUUUGGCUUUGCUUAAUGAUGGAUCAUUGUUUUGUGAGGAGACAGAGAAACCCUCAGAUUCAUCCUUUACUUUGUGUUUAACACAUUCCCCUUUACCUUCAACCUCAGAACCCACAGCUGAUCCUCAAGCUAGUUUAUCUCCAAUAUCUGAAAGCACCCUCAGCAUUGCUAUUGGCAGUUCUGUUAUCAAUGGUUUGCCUACCUAUAAUGGGCUUUCAAUAGAUAGAUUUGGUAUAAAUAUUCCUUCACCUGAACAUUCAAACACAAUUGAUGUAUGUAACACUGUUGACAUAAAAACUGAGGAUCUGUCUGACAGCUUGCCACCUGUCUGUGACACUGUAGCCACUGACUUAUGCUCCACAGGCAUUGAUAUCUGCAGUUUCAGUGAAGAUAUAAAACCUGGUGAUUCUUUAUUACUGAGUGUUGAGGAAGUUCUUCGCAGCUUAGAAACUGUUUCGAAUACAGAGGUUUGUUGCCCUAAUUUGCAGCCCAACUUGGAAGCCACUGUAUCCAAUGGACCUUUUCUGCAGCUUUCUUCCCAGUCUCUUAGCCAUAAUGUUUUCAUGUCCACCAGCCCUGCACUUCAUGGGUUAUCAUGUACAGCAGCAACUCCGAAGGUAGCAAAAUUGAAUAGAAAACGAUCCAGAUCAGAAAGUGACAGUGAGAAAGUUCAGCCACUUCCAAUUUCUACCAUUAUCCGAGGCCCAACGUUGGGAGCAUCUGCUCCUGUGACAGUGAAACGAGAGAGCAAAAUUUCUCUUCAGCCUAUAGCAACUGUUCCCAAUGGAGGCACAACACCCAAAAUCAGCAAAACUGUACUUUUAUCUACUAAAAGCAUGAAAAAGAGUCAUGAACAUGGAUCCAAGAAAUCUCACUCAAAAACCAAGCCAGGUAUUCUUAAAAAAGACAAAACAGUAAAGGAAAAGAUUCCUAGUCACCAUUUUAUGCCAGGAAGUCCUACCAAGACUGUGUAUAAAAAACCCCAGGAAAAGAAAGGGUGUAAAUGUGGGCGUGCUACUCAAAAUCCAAGUGUUCUUACAUGCCGCGGCCAACGCUGCCCUUGCUACUCUAACCGCAAAGCCUGCUUAGAUUGUAUAUGUCGUGGCUGCCAAAACUCCUAUAUGGCCAAUGGGGAGAAGAAGCUGGAGGCAUUUGCUGUGCCAGAAAAGGCCUUGGAGCAGACCAGGCUCACUUUGGGCAUUAAUGUGACUAGCAUUGCUGUGCGCAAUGCUAGUACCAGCACCAGUGUAAUUAAUGUCACAGGGUCCCCAGUAACAACAUUUUUAGCUGCCAGUACACAUGAUGAUAAAAGUUUGGAUGAAGCUAUAGACAUGAGAUUCGACUGUUAAAUCAGUGGGUCUUUAAACCUACCUCUGGUAGGGAAAUAGCUACAGUUUUACGGCAGCUAUGGUUUUGUUGGUUUAACUUGCCGGAGCUCCUGCAUAUAGAUCACUUGUAUCAAGUGUUUUCAUUGCUAAGUUAUAUGUGUUAGUGUCGGGGAAAUAGUUUGCAGAUAAUGGAGGAGUAACCCUACAACUAUAUGUCCUUAGUUCUUACAGAACCACAUAGUUUGAGAACAAAUGCUGAUGCAACUGAUUUAUACAAAAUGAACUUUGGCAAGGAAAAUAACAUUAACCUCAUUGUUUAUGGUCAUGCUUUGUGCAUAAUCAAAGUUUAUGAUUAAAUGUAAGGAAGUGGUAUCUAGUCAGUUCAUAAAGAUUGUGCUAAUUUUUUGUGAAAAAAGUAGCCAUUAGUUUGUUCAGGAGACUCAGUGCUGCCUUCAGAUGCCAUUGAUGGUUCUCCUGUUGAAAAGCUGAUGUGUCCAGCUCAACCUUUGUGCUGAUGUAAUACCAUUUCUGAUCAUGAAAAUUGGCUACUGGUGUAUGUAGCAGUUCUUAAGUCAGCAGUAUUAUGAAAGAAAAUUUGCCCCUCAUUAGAAUGUUGAAAUAUGUCUUUUAAAAAGUGAACAAACUGAAAAGUCAGACUACAGAUAUUUAGGUGUUUAUGCUACAAAACUCUUCUGAGUUGAGUCCCUUUUAUAGUUAUGUCUGACUCGUUUCUAGGGAAAAAUUUUUGAAAUCCUUCACUUUUAGCAAUGUUAUAAUUAGAUAAAUGAAGUGGAGAAGAGCAGUUUUAUUCUGAAGGUAAUUGAAUUUAGAUUAUAAGAUGUGACAAUUUUUUAAAAAUAAAAAAAUUUUUUAUUUAGAAGUUGGGAUUUAUUUAAAAUAAUUUUGGAAUAAUGCCCCAAAACUUACAAGAUUUAUGCAUUAUAUUUAUUGCUGUUGGCCACUUCCUUGAUUGUUGUUUUUGGUUCCUCUAAUAGUUUCACACUUUAUUUUGAAUAUGCUCCUUCUCUUCUCCUCUCUUCUCUCUAAUCUCCUCUCUUCUCUUCUCUUCUCUCAUUCUUUCUUUCGGUGCUAUUCGUUAUGAAGGCUUCUUUAUGGAGGCCAAAUAAAAAUGCCUUUUUAUGAAGCCUGUGCAUUUAGGUAGGUUUGAAAUUAGGAGGAAUUUUUUUUUUUUGAAUGCUCUUUUGCAUGUAAAGCACAAACUAUGUUUCAGUUUAAAUGCACGUCUUCCCUUUAAUUUUUAUGGGGGAGAUAAGUACAAACAUUCUGUUGAAGGGAAAUCUAGUCAGUUGCUUGAAAAGAGCACAGCCCAAAUAAAACAAGGACUGACUAGGUUGUAAAGAAAUGACCUUAUGAUUUAAAAGAAUUGCUGCUUUGACAGUGCUUAUUUAAAGAAAAAUACUGCUGGAAAAUUUCCAAUUUCUACUACGUUCACCAUCUCUCAUGAGAUCUGACCUGUUGAAGUUAUGUUUUGAUUUGGCACACAGCAUGUUCAAUGAUGGUUACUCACCUAGUACAAGACAUGGAGAAGAAACCUUUGGACACAGAGCAGAUGACACCUCCUUCUGUUUUGUAGUGUAUCCUGGUGUCAUUUUCUGUGAAUGUGGUCAGGUAGAGUUGUUUUUGUUGUUGUUGGGCCUUUUUUUUUUUUUUUUUUUUUUUUUUUUUUUUUUUUUUUUUUUUUUUUUUUUUUGUCUUUUUUGGUGGGGUGGGGGUGGGCUAAAGCCAUAGGAAGAAAAAUGUGAUGUAUGUGUCCAGUAUGUACUAUUUUGUUUUUGUUUUGCAAGAAGAGUUGAACUAUUUUUGAUAACAAGAGUAAAUGGUGGAAAAUGCUUCUUAGUUGUCUUGUCUUUAUUUGCUUUCCAAGUUUUGGAAUUUUAUUUAAUUCCUCUAAGUGUUAGCAGUGUCUUACGCAACAUGUAUUUGCCUAAAAGUUUGUAACAGUUUUGUGUUGAACCCAGAUGCCCUGCUAUAUAAACUUGUAAAAUCUGUUCUUUAUUCACUAAUGAUCACUGCAAAAAUGACUAGAAAUGAGAUUGUACCCAUGGAUGAUUAGGAUAUAUUUUGCAAAUCUCCCAAACUUUCCUAGUUAUUAUGAUCUUAAAAUUCAUAGAAUACUUUAUUGCUUCCCAAGUUUGAUAAUUUUAGUUUUGUGUUUUUUGAUGCAUGGGAGGUUGGCAAUAUAGAGAAAACGGAAAUCAUUAGUAUGUGAGGGCCUUGAUUGUUAUGUAAUAUUGCCAAUGAUGAAUUCAGGUUGUUUUUAGCACAAGUUUCUCUUUUUUAUGCUGGUAUUCUCACUGCCACAUUUUUGGAAACCUGUAUUACACCUUAAAUCUAUCAAUAAAUGUUAGUUUUCUAAUUCUA